UACUUCGAGUAGCGCACCAUGGGGGCACAGAUCUUUACAAGGCGCCCAGCCCGAAACAACUCCCCGGGCUCCUUCCCCGGGCAUCCUUUAAUUCCCUCGCCGUCCCCACUCAUCUAUCCCCACCAACCCGUCCGGCAUCUGGAAAAAAAAAAAACACAAAACCCCGGGGCCGGGGUCCGCGGGGUGGGGGCGUCUCCGAGGGGCUGCCCAGCCCGGCUCGGCGGAGCCCGGCUCCGCUCCACACACGCCGGCAGCUGCCGGUGGGACGGCCCCGCUCGGCUCCGCUCCGCUCCCGUCGCUCUCCUUCGCCAUCAUCGCCCUGCGCCGCCGCCCGGGAGUGACGCGGGGCCGCCGGCACCUGCCAGCAUGGAGGAGGAGGAGGCGGCCGGAGCGGCCCCGCUCCCCGCCCCGGCCCUGGCCGAGCUGCUGGCCGACGAAUGUUAUGCUGACUUCUUCAGAGAAGACUUUGAUGUGAAAGCUUACACUUCGCAGUCCAUCCAUCAGGCUGUGAUAGCUGAGCAACUAGCAAAACUCGCCCAAGGUAUUAGUCAGCUGGAUAAAGAGCUUCAUUUACAAGUUGUUGCAAGACAUGAAGACCUGUUGGCUCAAGCAACUGGAAUUGAAUCCCUGGAAGGUGUCCUCCAAAUGAUGCAGACUAGAAUUGGUGCUCUACAAAGUACUGUUGAUAGAAUUAGAGCCAAAAUCAUUGAUCCCUACAAUAAAAUAGUAUCUCGCACAGCUCAGCUAGCAAAGCUUCAGGCUGCCUGUGACUUGCUGCGGAGGAUAAUACGCAUCUUGCAUCUCAGUAAGAGACUUCAAGGACAACUGCAAGGAGGAAGCAGGGAGAUAACAAAAGCUGCCCAGAGUCUCAAUGAACUUGAUUACCUUUCUCAAGGGAUAGAUCUCUCUGGAAUAGAAGUAAUUGAAAAUGACCUGCUUUUUAUUGGAAGAGCUCGGCUUGAGGUGGAAAGCCAGGCUAAACGGUUGCUUGAGCAAGGUGUGGAGACUCAGAGUCCUACUCAAGUGGGAACUGCUCUUCAGGUUUUCUAUAACCUUGGAACUUUGAAGGAUACCAUUGCUAACGUGGUGGAUGGAUACUGCACGGCCCUGGAGGAGAACAUCAAAAAUGCUUUGGAUAUCAAAGUAUUGACCCAGCCGUCUCAAACUGUUGCAAGAGGUGGCCCUGGUAGAGCUGCUAUGCCAACACCUGGGAAUACAGCAGCUUUUCGAGCUGCUCUCUGGACAAACAUGGAGAAACUCAUGGAUCAGAUCUGUGCUGCUUGUGGACAGGUGCAGCACUUGCAGAAACUAUUGACAAAGAAGAGAGAUCCUAUUUCACAUGUCUGUUUCAUUGAGGAAAUAGUUAAGGAUGGCCAGUCUGAUAUUUUGUACAAAUUCUGGACUGCAGUAACUCAGACUCUCUCCUCUCAGUUUCAGUCAGCAACAGACUCCUCUAUGUUUUUGAAACAAGCUUUUGAAGGAGAAUACCCUAAAUUACUGAGGCUUUAUAAUGACUUGUGGAAGCGACUGCAACAAUACAGUCAGAAUAUCCAGAGGAAUUUUAACACAAGUGGAAGUACUGAUCUCUUUGCUGAACUGCAACAAAUGGAAGAAGAUACACAGGACAUAUUCAUGCAAAAAAAACAAGACUAUGACCCAGAAAAGGCCUUGAAAGAUUCACUGCAACAAUAUGAAGCUGCUUAUUUGUCAAAAUCUUUAUCUCGACUCUUUGAUCCCAUCAAUCUUGUCUUCCCUCCUGGAGGUCGGAAUCCUCCUUCUUCUGAUGAGCUUGACAGCAUCAUUAAAACUAUAGCCAGUGAGCUAAAUGUGGCUGCUGUUGAUCCAGACCUCAGUUUAGCUGUUUCAAAAAACGUGGCAAAGACCAUUCAGCUCUAUGGUGUAAAAUCUGAACAGCUUCUGUCUACUCAAGGAGAUGCCAGCCAGGUGAUUGGACCUCUCACAGAGGGACAGAGGAGGAAUGUGUCUGUGGUUAAUUCACUGUACAAACUACACCAAUCAGUUCUGAAGGUCAUUGCCAACCAGAGCUCAUUCCCAGCAGCUGCUGAGCAAACAAUUACAGCUGCCUUAAAGACAGUCCAUGAUCUAAUGGGUAGUGCUGUUCAACCGUUACUGAACUCUGUAGGAGAUUCAGUAGAAGCUAUUAUCAUCACUAUGCACCAGGAAGAUUUUUCUGGAUCAUUAUCCAGCUCAGGAAAACCAGAUGUCCCUUGUUCUCUCUACAUGAAAGAACUACAGGGUUUUAUAGCAAGAGUAAUGAGUGACUACUUCAGACAUUUUGAGUGUUUAGACUUCGUCUUUGAUAAUACUGAAGCCAUGGCUCAAAGAGCAAUUGAACUUUUCAUUCGCAAUGCCAGUUUAAUAAGGCCCCUUGGUGAAGGUGGGAAGAUGCGGCUUGCGGCGGAUUUCGCACAGAUGGAGUUAGCAGUAGCACCGCUGUGUCGGCGAGUCUCUGACCUGGGAAAAUCCUACAGGCAGCUGAGAAUAUUGUUGCAUUUUUCCAGACCGCUGCUGUUCCAGACCAGUGAGCAUAUUGCUAAUAGCCCAGCUCUGGGAGAGGUUAUUCCGUUCAGCAUUAUUCUUCAGUUCUUGUUCACGAGAGCACCACCGGAGUUAAAAUCACCCUUCCAGAGGGCUGAGUGGUCCAUUGCCCGCUACUCCCAGUGGCUUGAUGAUCAUCCAUCUGAAAAGGACAGGCUUGCACUCAUCCGAGGCGCACUGGAAGCAUACGUUCAAUCAGUAAGAACGCGAGAAGGAAAGGAGUUUGCUCCUGUCUAUCCCAUCAUGGUUCAGCUGCUGCAGAAAGCGAUGUCAACACUCCAGUGACUGCAUCUGGGCAACUCUCAGAGUAAGAAGUUGGACAGCAAUGCAGUCAUGAGCCUUUGGUGCCACAGGGAUACUUGGGGUUAAUGUAAAUUACUUCCAAAUAUCAGAAGCUUUACAAUGAGACGUGUUUACCUAUUUCCUGUGAAAUUCCUCUCUUCUUGCUUUACCUUCUCAUUAUAGGAACUUAUUUAUACACAAAUGUUAUGAAACUGUACCAUCUUUAUGUGCUGUACAUCUACAUCUAAUAAAAAUGAAUCAUACUCCAGCAUUCCUUUUGAAUUUAGAAAGGUUUAAAAUUAGAACAUACUCAAAUAUUACAGUAUAAUUGCUGAAUAUGUCAAAUAAGGAAGUAGCUCUUUUCCUAUAAGCAUAGUUUUAAGGAGUUGGAUGCAUUUUAGCCUUAUUCAGAAAAUUGUGCUUUUGAAAUGCUAGAAUCAUCAGUUUCUAUCUAAAAAUUACUAAUUUUAACACACGGAAAAAUACUUACAACUAACAUAAAAUCAUUUGCUAUUGCACUGCUGUCACUUGAGAAUAAUUUAUAUUGAUUUCAACUCUCUUCUGGCUCAAAGUGUAAUAAAGAACAUUGACUAUCCAAUCGUCAAUUCAGUAUUUAAGAUUCUUCAGCAGCUUCCUAACAGCAAAGCAUCAAAAUAUACUUAGGAUGGGUCCUUGUGAAGCAGACUUUCACGCAGAAUUUGCUAAUCUGUGUAGGGCUGACGUAACAACCAGUCUUCGUUUUACAAAAUACACAACAACGAAUUUUAAAUGAAUUUAUUUGAAAUAAUAUACAAGAAUAUAGUGUGCAAAAAUCUUAGGGGCAACAUCUUGUAGACGUGUCAUAAACUGAAAUUUACAGUUGUGAUUUAAAAAAAAAAAAGAAACACACAGCUGUUUAGUACAUGAAAAGCCAUGA